AGUCAAGUAGUGGCCAUCAAAACACUGAAACCAGGCAGUAGUGAUAAAGCAAAAGGCGACUUCCUCAUGGAAGCUUCAAUAAUGGGACAGUUUUGCCACGAAAAUGUGAUACAGCUUUUUGGAGUUGUAACGGAAAGUGAACCGGUUAUGAUAGUAACGGAAUAUAUGGAAAAUGGUUCGCUGGAUCAGUUUUUACGGAAACAUGAUAACGGGCUUCUGGAAAUGUUGCAGUUAGUUGAUAUGAUGCGAGGAAUAGCUGCAGGGAUGAAAUAUCUGACUGAAAAAGGCUUCGUACACAGAGUAACAAAUUUUUUUAUGAUUUUGAAAAGCCUCAAUUUUCCAUCGAACCUCACAGCACGAAACGUGCUUGUGGAUUCAAAUUUGCAAUGCAAAAUAGCGGAUUUUGGACUGAGUCGAGGAUUGGAAGGUUCCGUUGAGCAGGAAUAUACAACAAAUGGCGGGAAAAUACCGGUUCGAUGGACAGCGCCGGAGGCAAUAACACAUCGGAAAUUCACAGCUGCAUCGGAUGUCUGGAGUUUUGGUGUGGUAAUGUGGGAAAUCUGUUCGUUCGGUGAACGACCGUACUGGGAUUGGACGAACCAGAAAGUGAUCAGCGAAAUAACACUGGGAUAUCGUUUACCAGCACCAAUGGAUACACCAGAUUCGUUACAUACCCUCAUGCUACAGUGUUGGCACAUUGAACGCCAUAAAAGGCCAACUUUCGGGCAGAUCCUGGAAAUUCUGGAAGAGUAUGUUCGGCAUCCAGCACUGAUCUGCGGCAGUGGCAUAGGCUUAGCCGACGGUGUUGGAUAUGCGACAACAUUUGGGACACUUCCUCGAUCUAUCGAUCCCGGGACACCGACCGUAUCCUCUACUCCCCAGCUACCACUAGAUGAAUUCCUGAAACGAAUUGGUCUGGGACAUUGUACAGUGAAGCUAAAUAUAGCCGGUGUUAACAAAGUUCCGGAUUUACUGCGUCUUGGGCACGCCCAAUGGGACAAUGCAGCGGCCUCGAAUUCGUCCUGA